AGAUACAAGUAUUUCAUACUGAGAACCAGCAUCUUACAUUGAAAGAUUUGAAUAUGGAGAACUGCCACUUCUCCCGAUAAAGAGCUCAAGCAUCCUAGGAUGAAAUCAGUCCACAUAUGGAGGUGACAAAAAACUGUACAUAAAAUAAUGGCCUUUGAAAUCUCUCGUCGUGGAGUGGUGUUAAAGCGUGUGUGGCGAGCGCGGCGUUGGCGCUGUCAGUGUCUGUGGCCGGUGCUAGUGGGAGUGUUGCUACUGGGGGAGAUGGCCCAGGGGUUCGUGGCCAGCCGGGUGGUACGGACCAAGAACGGCGAGGUGUCAGGGCUGGUGGUCACGCCAGAGAGUAGACACCUCGACCCGGUGGAAGUGUUCCGUGGGGUCCCAUACGCCUCCCCACCCACCGGUGUGCUGCGGUUCAUGCCCCCUGUAACCGGUGCCCUCUGGUCCGGGAUCAAGACUGCGGACCGUUUCAGUCCUGUGUGUCCCCAGCGGCUUCCCGAUAUUCAUAACGAGACUGCCGCUCUCAAGCGGAUGCCGCGGGGCCGCCUGGAAUACCUCAAACGGCUCUUGCCCUACUUGAGUAACCAGAGCGAGGACUGUCUCUACCUCAACAUUUACGCUCCAGUCCAAGCAGACAGAGACACUUUAGCUAAGUAUCCUGUGUUGGUGUUUAUCCACGGAGAAUCGUAUGAAUGGAACUCCGGCAACGUUUACGACGGUUCUGUUCUCGCCAGCUACGGAGGUCUAGUCGUAGUUACAGUCAACUACCGCCUCGGCAUUCUUGGUUUUCUGAACGCCAAUACGGAUCUUCAUCUGCGGUCUCCAGCCAACUAUGGGCUGAUGGACCAGAUCGCUGCUCUCCACUGGAUACAGGAGAACGUGGCAUUCUUCGGUGGAGACUCCACCAACGUGACUCUCGUGGGCCACGGCACCGGUGCUGCCUGCGUACAUUUCCUCAUGACGUCGAGCGCCGUGCCGGAUGGACUUUUGUUUCACCGGGCCAUCCUAAUGUCCGGCUCCGCACUGAGUCCCUGGGCGCUGGUGAGGGAGCCCGCUCGCUUUGCUCGACAGGUGGCCAAGCACGCCAACUGUUCCCCCGAACUGCCACAUCCUCACUUGCUCAAGUGUUUGAGGGAACGACCCCUAGAGGCGCUGCUGUCAACUCCUAUUGACGUACCCGAGUUCUCUACGGCCUUUGGUCCUUCCGUGGAUGGGGUCGUCAUAGACAACGGCAACCCUGAACCUCGUUCUUCCAACAACCAAGACAGCGGCCACGGUCAGUACGGCGAGUACAGUGCCUCAGGCCCCGGCAGGCCCCCGGCCCCACCAGCUCACGAUUCUCACACGGGUGGCUAUAUCAACCUCAACAACCCGCUUGCCAGAAAGGCGAUGAUAGCCAAAAUGUCCAGGUAUGACCUGUUGCUGGGUGUCGUCAAAGCGGAAGCGUACACGACGUUUAGUGGGGACGAUGUGCAGUACGGCAUAGAAUCCGAGCGCAGGACCCGGAUUCUCAGAACGUUUGUUCGUAACACGUACAGGUACCACUUGUCGGAGAUCCUCGCAACAAUCGCCAAUGAAUACACGGACUGGGAGCGGCCCGUGCAGCAUCCUAUCAACAUCCGGGAUGAGACUCUGGAGGCGCUAAGUGACGCUCAGGUGGUGGCUCCUGUCAUUCACACCGCCGACCUGCAUUCCUCCGCGCGCCGCAACUCUUUCCUCUACGUCUUCGACUAUCAGACCAAGUUCGGAGACUACCCUCAGAGACAAGGAUGUAUCCACGGGGAGGAACUGCCCUACGUGUUCGGCGCACCCUUGGUGUCGGGUAUGAUGCACUUCCCACGCAACUAUACCAAGUCCGAGAUGUUGCUGUCGGAAGCCACCAUACUGUACUGGAGCAACUUUGCACGCACAGGGAAUCCAAAUGAACCCCAAGAGACAGAACUAGUCCAUGGAUUCAGACAGGAGAAAAAUCGUUUUAAGAAUAUCGAAUGGUCACCUUAUGAGUCCGUUCACAAGAAAUACUUAUGUUUAGAUACAAAACCCAAACUGAAGAAUCACUACCGCGCGCACCGCCUGUCAUUCUGGCUAAACUUGGUACCGGACCUGCACAGGCCGGGGGGUGACGACGUGCCGCGGACACACCAUCAGCUUGAGACCGAAGAACACGCUCACAUGUUCCCAUCGGUUCCGUCCUCGAAAAAGCCCCCAGACACAACACCACCUCAAAACUUGGCACCUGGUGUCAUUCCCUCCCCAUCCUACGAGAAUAACUCCCUGAGUCUCUACAUGCCGCCAGUGGUCGUUGUAGCACCUUCCUCCUCUGAUCGAGGAUCUGCAGCCCAAGAAGGCUCCGACAACAAUAAUCAGGAGGACGGAUUUGCAGCUUACUCAACUGCCCUGAGCGUCACAGUGGCAAUAGGCUGUUCACUUCUGCUGCUCAAUGUGCUGAUCUUUGCUGGCGUCUACUAUCAGCGUGACAAAGGGCGGCAUGGCGACACCAGUCCUGCCAGCAACAAUAGCACAGCCUCCUGCAACUCCACGCUCAAGAAACGUCAGGAGAACGGAGGCCCUAUGAGCAACAUCUGUGUAACUGGGGGCCCAACUGAACUUUUACAAAUAAUGGAGACCAGAACGUCGUCCAGCAUGCCUUCAAUUCUAAAGACGCCGACGUCGGACACGACGCUACUUGUUUUGCAACCCCCACAGAGCCACCGCCUGCCCCCUGCGGAAUUCGCCGACACGGGAGGCGCUGUACCGAGGCCGCCCCCGCCACCUAAGGCCACUAAGCCACCAACACCUGCCGAGACACAGCCACUGCUGGCGCCACAAGGCAGCAUUCAGCUCAUCAGCACACAUCCUGGUACUCUGACCAGAAAGCACGGCCAGGGCAAGCCGAUGGAGGAGUUGCGGGUGUGACAAAUCGAGCGGCAGGUCGACUUUCGGUGCCUGGCGAACGAUCUAAACCGGAUAUGUGACCAGUUGAAUCGCAGUAAACCGGAGACGGAGGAUGUGCUUUAUCAUGUGUGACCAUUGUACAGUGUACAUAUUGUUGUUACUGUCGAUCUUUUUAUGCUGAAAUCGAAUUCCAGACUUGCGAUUUUGAGUGUUUUGGUUUUAAUAUAUCAAAAUAUAAUUUUUUAACUAAUGCAAAUGUAACAUACAUAUGUUAUGGAGCUUAGGAAAAAUAAAUAUUUUAUUUCAGUCAAAAAUAUCGUACAAGGAUAAAAUAGUUUUCUUUAAUGAUAAUUAUCAAGACAAAUGAUUAAACCAGUUUGUGGUAUUAAUGGCAUAUGGGUAGCAUUGCAAGUUUGUGAGCUACUCUUAAAUUGUAUUGAAGACAUAUACUAAUGUUCAUUUAUAAAUUUGUAUUUCACUUGCUCAAAAUGGAAAUGCUUAUUUCUUAAGCCUUUAUUCACCAACCAAAUUUAUGUACGAUUAAAUAUUACAACUAUCUUUACUUAUUAGGAUAAAGAACACACUUUUAUGACCAGUUUUGUUCUGGUUCAGCUUCUUUAUCGGUUGUAUGUUUGAAUUUUAUUUCGACUUUAAACUUCUAUUGCAUUUUGUACUUUUACUCAAACUUCUUAUAUUAUUAUUAUAAAUUGUGUAUUAUUUUCAACUCACUGUAGCUGCGACGCACUUGGAGUUGUGUGACGUGUACGCCGAUGUGCGAUAUAGUGAUAUCAUGGACUUGUUAUUGUACGUGUAUAGGGUUACUGACUGUUUUAUCUUAUUCUAAUGCGGUUAGUAUGUAAAUAGCAAAUGUAUUACUUAUACAAAUGUUUAAUAUUAUUUUUGAAAUAAAAUUGUUGAUUGAAACGAU